AUGACAAAUUUCAUUCAAGUACACGGCUACCCUACUGAUUACAAGCUAGAAUUUAGUAUUACAUUGACCAGAUCGUACAUGAAUCUUGACGGAGUGGAUCAGUUCCAUGGUGUUGAUUGCUUCCUUGCAGGUGAUGAUGUAAAAGGAAAAAAGCCUGAUCCUUCAAUAUACAUUAUAUUACAGCUGCCAAGAAACUUGGCUGCAAGUGGUGUUGGGAUGUCAUGUGUGAUAACCUACACUUCAUCUACUGCAGAUCGAUCAGGUAACGAUUUCAAAGAAGCCAUAGCAAUCUAUCCUGGCUUGAGUGAUGUUCGAUUUAAUGAUUUAGAGUCACUUCCUCAAGAUGUUGUGGCCGCGAAAUAG